AUGGAGCGUGAAGGUGCGGCACAAAGCGCAUCGUUGUGUGCAGUAGAGUUUAGUGAACGAAUUCAAAGCUCUGAAUUUACAAUGAAAAAAGGUUACUUACACUUCAUAACGAUCAAACUGUUGAAUAUUAAGAAUACGUACGUUGUAAAUCUUAUAUUCGCUAAAAAUUCGAGCGGCGAACACGCUGACGAUAAUGGUUUCGGGAAGUUGUACAAGUGGCAAACUGUUACAAAUGGUUUCGUCGAGGCUAAGAAAUCUCGAAAACCAAUAAUGAUCAUCAUUCACAAAUCGGGAUGUCAGGCCUGUAUAAAUUUGCAUAAGAAAUUUGCGAAUUCUCCGAAAUUGCUUGACUUGAGUCAGCAUUUCGUAAUGAUCAACGUCGAUAGUUCAAGAGGGGAUGAACUACCGGACAAUUUUUUCCCUGAUGGCUCGUACGUUCCUAGAAUAUUGUUCAUGCGUCCCGAUGGCGAACUUCUUCGUGAAAUUGUGAACACAGAUCCGAAUCGAGAGCCGAAUUACAAAUAUAGUUAUUGGAGCAUUCGACAAAUUGCUGAUUCCAUGCAAACGGUCUUAAAAAUGUUUCCCUAUUCUCCGACUGCAUAA